AUGCCGUGGACAUCUAUACAGGACGCCGCCUACGGCAGGAUAGAAGUCGCAUUCAUCGCACGGAAGAGAAUUGAAGAAGGUCGGCGCGAAGGUUUGCCUUCAAUGGAAAGAGUCUGUAAAGUAUGUCGUGCUAAUUUUGUUGAGGAUUACUGUAUUGCUGAAAAUAUCCCUAAACCGGUGGCAUUCUGGCCGCUAAAUAGCGAGUACGGUUUAGAUGACGUAUCGGGAAAUGGAAACCACGGCACAGCAACAGGCGCUGUGUUGAACGACGACGCCUACGGCAGGUGCACUGGAGCAUACGAGUUCACUGGUAACGAAAACUCCUACAUAGAAUUCCCGAACAACUGUGCUUACGAUACUGAAUAUUCACUUACUAUGAUGGCGUGGGUAUAUCCAACUGGAGUCGAUGGUCCCAUCUUCAACUACGACAACGAUGGUUGGGGCGCCCACUUAUGGCAAACCGACGCAUCUGGCGCACCUGACGAGUUUGUACGGUUCGUGAGACGAGAUCGGUCGUUUACCGAUCAUUUGAUUGUCGAGCUUAAUAUGAAUCAAUGGAACUUGUUCGCCGCCACGUACGAUUACAACACUGGUAUGGCGCGGCUUUAUUUGGAUGGUGUCCUGAAGACGAGUUUGGACAUUGGGGUAACAACAUUAGCAACUGAUUACGAGGCACGUAUGGGGGCACGUAUAGGCGAUGGCAGAUAUUUCUCAGGCAUGAUAACGUGUAUGCAAGUGUACGAUGUAGCGUUGACUGAGUCCGAAAUUAUGGCUGCCAGCAGGGACCAACGAUGUGGAGCUUAUGCAGCAUCAGUUACUGCAGCACCACCUGCUCCGAUACCCUUAACUGCAGCACCAGUUAUUGUAGCGCCAACUACAGAACCAUCGCCCCCUGAAUGUCGCACAGUGAUAUCCGAUUUAUCUGGUACGGAUGAUGAUGCAAGAACCGAAGUGCAGUGUGAGAGUGGCGAGGUCAUGACAGGCUGUAAUAUCUACUUACCAGGUAGUGGACACGGAACUAUGGAUGGCGCAUAUUUUGAUCAAGAUGGCAACGGCAAUACAAUUUGUGUUGCUCAAAAUGGUCAAGGGGGAACAGGCGUGUAUGCGCAUGCUCGUUGCUGCAUUUGGCAUAAGAUGUCUUGCGAAUACAUAAAGGGUAACCAGUCAACGUCUGCUACGGAUGACGGAAGUCUUGCAGAAUGUCCGGCCACAAUAAAUUCUAUGGAGCCCAAAGUAACAGGUAUGAUUAUUUUCGUGGUUAUAAUUGACUAA